UGGAGAGAAAACAGCGGGAUAUCCAGUAGAUUAUACUCUACAUUGGGAGACUAGCAUAAACUAGUAUAAAGCACUAGUGUUCAUCAAUUCUGAUCAUCACAUCGAUUGAUUAAAUCUAUAGCAAUCAACAGUACACAAAGGAAGAAGGCAGGUGUUAAAAUGUUAUAUACAGCACCAAGGGGGACACAACUCUUAGCAGGUACCAAUACUGAAAAUGUACCAAGACCCAGAGCAAGUUCAGCUCUUAAUGUGAACGAUGCAAUGCGACCGCGGGCAAACACAAGUGAAUCAAGGAUGAGUCAAUCGAUGAGUGAGCAGUACCCGCCUGCCCGACCAACUACUCGCCCUAAGGUGACGAUCAGGCCAAAUAUCCAUCCCCUGGAUGUUGUGUCCCAGGGAGGAUCAGUCACUCCACCCCCAUGUUAUGAGCAGGCUGCACAAGUGGGAUGUAAGCUGUCAUAUAUUGACUUUAACCCACAGUUCCAUCAAGACGUAGAUGGAAUAUACUUUGACAUAGAAAUAGAUAGAUUCAGUGACCUGACCAAAUAUGCUAAUAGAUGGCUUAAGGAGCACCCGCAAGCUGCAGUGGUAUCAUGUGAAACUGUAGAAACGAUGUACCAUGGCAGAGUUGAGAUCAUCACAAGUGAUGACUCAACCUUCUUUAGAGGAAGAAUGGACAUGCAAGAUAAAUAUGCGAGGAUUCUGAGGCUAUGGUUCCGACUGAGAGGCAGAUUAGACCCACCUGGGCCAGACCAAAUAGCCCAUGUUAACCUGGUUCCAGAAAAACAACAACAUCUCAUAAGUCAGGACCUGCCACUGAAAGAAUGUUACGAGUCUUUCCACCAAGUGUUAAGGCGCUUUAAUGAGAAGCAGAAAAUCAGCCCAAUAGGCAAAAUCAUCAAUAUUCAAUCUUUGCCAGUCAAAUAUUCCAACUCUAAAAUGAACCCUGUUGAUCCUGAUAAGUCAACAUGGACGAGGGUUGCAGACAGAUCUCUCUAUUUCAUGACAGUACAAAGAGUUUACUAUCUCGUCAACAAACCAUGUGAUCGCUUGAUAGGUUGUAAAGAUUUCACACCUGGCCCAGAUGGGAACCGAAACGCAUAUGGAGAGACAUACGAACCAUUUAACACUCUGGUGACAAGGGCCAGGGAUUGGCUCAUGGGACAGAGUGAAUUUGCUCUUAGUUUGAUCAACCUACAGGCUGUCAACUGUAAACUAAAGGUCUACCCAGAUGGUUAUUAUGUUUGCUCAAAUACAUCCAUUAAUAAAGAACACUCCAACCGUUCAACAGAAUACAUUCGAAUUUUACGACUUUUCUUCACGGUGCCGCAUCCGAAUGGCAUCCAAAAUUCUAAUUGUACACCAUCCCCCAAUCUUGGUGCAAUCAACAAUCAUGGUCAAACCCCUGGGGUUCUCAUUUCUCCUGUCUUACCCCCAGGAGAUUCAAACUCUGAAGUGGCGGGACAACAUCCUCUAAGCACAACAAUAGCAGGUCCCGCAGAAAGUGAACAGGAUAUAUCACUUGAACUGCACCAGUUUCUCAAUAGUGCCUCACAGAGCAAUGCAAGACGGGAAGUACUACAUUAUAAGACAUUCUAUCCUGUGGUUGACCCCCUCCUUGGCUGUAUGGAGUCACAAUCUGAUUGCAUGGCAAAGAUUACACGUUGGCUAAACUUUACCAGUGCAAAGCCACUAUCUGUUGAGACCAUUAAUAUACGACGCUUCAAAGGUGCAGAACGCGGCAACUCUGAGGUGACCUACACAUACACGAACCCUAGCAAGAGUUAUGAGUGGAUAACAAUAUUCCGGGUCUACCUAGAUUCAGCCUAUGAGGAGCCUCCCCCACAUUUACUCCAGCGAAUCAGGUCACGAUCGCGUAUUCAGCGACAACAACGUGUCCAGUCUGAGAGUGUCAGUGAAGGGGAGGACGAGGAAUGGAAUAACGACCCUGUAGGAUGUAACAUAUCAUAGGCAAUUAUAAACAAAUUGAAUUUACAUGUACAGCUUCACAGGCGUGGUCUUCAUUGCAUUCAGAUUGACAGGAGUCAUUGAAUGAAGAUGGAAUAUACAUUGGGUGAUUCAAAAGUAACGUGACACCAACUGGUUAUUCAACAUUUCUGAACUUUUUUAAUGAAAUCAUCAGAGAACAGAGAUA